AUAUUUGUGGAGAAAUAAUUAGUAAUUAGUGAUUAAGAUUAUAUGUGAAUAACAAUAGAAGAAGAGAAGGAUGAUUGAGAAGAGCAGAGGAGUAUUUGUUGGUGAGAGAAGCAUAAAGCAUAAAUAGGUGUGGUAUUUGAAACUACUGUCUUGCAAAUUAAUUUUGGCUGUUUUUAGUGAGAGAGAAAGGGAAGAGAUAGGUGUUUGUGUUGGAAGACAAAGUUGUGGCAUGCGAUUUAUUGACACAAUUUCACCCUAUGCAUUUGGGUUUCAUUCUCGUUUCCCCCUCUAUUUCUUUGCAUUUGGGUUCCGUUCUCUCUCUGAUGUCCUUUUCUCUCUCUAAAUUCUAUGGAAUUCCUCCGGAGAGGCUAAGCUUAGAAGAUCCUGUUCUAAGCAGUAUAGAUGAGUUUGGCAGGAACAGAAAGCUCAGAGGAGGGGACAGGCCUUCUAGAACCUCCUGAUCCCAAUAUUGUUGAAAUUGAUCCUACUAAUCGCUACAUUAGGUAUAAAGAUGUUAUCGGCCAAGGAGCUUUCAAGACUGUUUACAAGGCAUUUGAUGAAAUUAAUGGACUUGAAGUUGCAUGGAGCCAAAUUCAUAUUGAUGAGGUAUUACAGUCACCUGGUGGCCCAGAUAGGCUGUACUCAGAAGUGCAUCUCUUGAAGUCAGUUAAGCACGAUAACAUCUUGACUUUCCAUAAUUCUUGGAUUGAUGAUAAGCACAGGACUAUGAACUUGAUUACUGAGUUAUUCACCUCAGGGAACCUCAGACAGUACAGCAAGAAACACAGGAAGGUUGACAUGAAGGCUGUUAAAGGAUGGGCAAGGCAAAUUUUAAAUGGUUUAAAUUAUCUUCACAGUCACAACCCACCUAUUAUGCAUAGGGACCUGAAGUGCGAUAAUAUAUUUAUCAAUGGUCACCGAGGAGAAGUUAAAAUUGGAGAUCUAGGGUUGGCAACUCUAUUAAAACAAACUAAUGCCAAGAGUGUAAUUGGAACCCCGGAGUUCAUGGCACCUGAACUGUAUGAUGAACAUUAUAAUGAAUUAGUGGACAUAUAUUCUUUUGGGAUGUGCAUGCUUGAGUUGGUUACGUCUGAAUAUCCUUACAGUGAAUGUAGAAACUCAGCUCAGAUAUACAAGAAAGUUUCAUCUGGCAUAAAGCCUGUUGCUCUUUCCAAACUCAAAAAUCUAGAAGUAAAAUCAUUUAUUGAGAAAUGCCUUGUCCCAGCGUCUCAAAGAUUGUCAGCAAAGGAGCUUUUGAUGGACAAUUUUCUGCAAGUGACUGGUUCAUUGAAGAAUCGUCGUCUACCAUUACCAGAUAUCGUUCUCCCUAAAUAUGGAGCCUAUGAAAAUCGUUGUCUUAUGUCAGAAGGUCCUGCUAGCACGCGUAUUAGAUCCAUUUCAAUGGAUCUUGGUGAUGCCACCGAGCAACCAUUAACCACUUUACUUUAUAAUUCUGUUGAUUCUAUUGUUGAUUCUGCUGAUGAUGUUUUGCCUUCUCCUUGUGUUGAGAUAAGAAGGUUAAAGGAAGGUGACAUUUUUUUUCUAAAAGGUGAACAGAAUGAUCAAAAGUCUGUGUCAUUAGUUCUCCGCAUAGCUGAUCAAAGUGGACGGGCAAGAAAUAUCCAUUUCAUAUUCUACAUCAACAGUGAUACUGCGAUUUCAGUUUCAAGUGAAAUGGUUGAGCAACUUGAACUGGCUGAGCACAAUGUUAAAUUCAUAGCAGAGUUGAUCGAUCUAUUAUUGACCACAUUGCUUCCUGAUUGGAAACCUUGUGUACCAAUUGAUCAUUUAGUUACUUGUAAUGGUAAAUCAUCUCAACAAAGUCAACAAACACGAAGCUCAAGAGAUUCCAUCCAAAUUGUGUCUGGAGGUGGUCCAGGUCUCCCAAUCUCACGUAGAAGAUCAAGAGACAGGGUGAGCAGAGACAGGGUGAGCAGAGAUAGGGUGAGCAGAGAUAGGGUGAGCAGAGAUAUUGUCAUUUCUGAGAAGGUUUUAUCUAACACAAGCAUUAGCCUUCAAGGAGAUGCAAAGAUAGACGACUCUUGUUCUGAGACGUCACAAACUGGUGCAACAUUUGACUUCAACGAAAAGCAUUUUUCUACAGUUUCAUUCAUGUCUGCUAAAUCAGGAUUUACAGACUUUGACUUGCACAGAGUUAAUAGUCAAACCUCACUUGUAUCUGAAUUCGAGGCGUCGUCCGAGUAUAGGAAUUUUCCACGUGCGGAAAGCUAUGGUACCAUGAAAUUCUUUAACUACCCCAUGAAUGCUCCCCCCUCCUUCAAUGAAGCUGAGGAUGAGUUGAGAACAGAGUUAGAGAUGAUUGAACAACAAUAUCAAGAAGCAAUUAGAGAUUUAUCAAAAAGAAGAUAUCAGGCCAUUACUGAGGCUAGGAGGAAGGUGUCACAGAAAUUUCCAAACUUUAAAUAAGUACUUUCACUUUUCUAACAUGUAGUAAUUACUAUUAGUGUGUUCUCCUUUAUCAAUAUCCUUGUAAGUAACCAUUGUAAGUAGUGGGAUAUGGAUGAAAAAGGGUUCUCUUAUUA